AGGAAUUUUCCCCGCCUUUCAGCUUUAGGCCAUUCUAUAUUGUCUUCCAGCUCAUUUAGCCCUUAAAAAUCUAUUUACUUGUGCGCUCUUCCUAGGCGCAUCUAAUUCUGGUACCUCAUAGAACCCUGAACUCCCUACGCCGGGGCUGUCUAGCAGAUAUGGCCUCCAACAUGGACUUGGAAAUCGAAUCGCAGGAAACCAAAACCGGCCAUUCGGCAGACCGUCACGAAGGCAAUUUCCCUAAAAGUGACGACACCAAAGCUCUUCCAGUUGAGAAUGGCCUUGCAACCGCUCCCCCAGACGCCAGUAAGAAGACCAACGGAUUAAAAAGUGAAAAAAAAGCCCCUGGUAAACACGAUAAAAAAGGCAAGAAAGGAAAGUCUGGUAAGUCCAAGAAGGCAUCUGCCAAUAGUGAGAGUUCUUCUGGCAGUAGCGAGGACGAGUUUACCAACUCAUCUUCAGAUGAGUCCACCGACACCGAGUCCGCGUCUGGGAGCGAAGAGCGUGCGAAAAAGAAGGUUCAGAAGAAGCGCCAGGAUCUCCGGAAAGCCAAGAAAUUGAUAAAGUCAUCUAAGACGGCCACUAAGCAGUCAAAAUCGCAAAUCAAGGCUUCAGAAGUCAACACUAGCGAUACCGAUGCUGGGGAUGAAGAUGACACUCAUCUCGAGAAAAAGGCGGGCAUCGGCGAGGUCGCGGAACGAGAGAUUGCCUCAAUGCGAUUGCAAAUUGAACAGCUUUUGGGUCAUGUAGCAUGUUUGCGCCUCAGCCACAACCCUUCCGGUGGUCCUGCCACUUCUUUCAACCAUCUCGGAGAGCUCGUUGGUGGUCUUAAUUAUAACGGGUAUCAGCUUCCAUCCGGUGGUCCUAUGGGUUACCAUGAUACCUCUUCCGAUAGCCGAUAUGCGCAGACACGAAAUGGACGACUGGGGAACAUGUCGGAAGGUAUGCAUAUCAUGAAUAGGGGUCGUGGUCAUAACAUGCCACCCACAGGUCAAGGAAAGCGGUUUAGCUCCAAGGACCUAUUCCUAGACAGUAACUCAAGCCGCAACAAGGAAUCUAAAUCGAAGAACGGUCAUAAUUCCAAGCCAGUUGCGCAACGCCUUGAGUUUAAACGCGUGGAUCAAGUCUGGGACUCGCAGAUCCACAAUUACAAGCUCCAAGAUACGGCUGAGAAUGCCAAUAGCUCGCAAUAUGAUGAAUACCUAUUUCAUGUGAGGAGGACCUUUGACUGGGAAGGAAAAUAUAAGACGACCAUCGUCGAUAUCAAGAGCAAGCAACUACGAGAGGCCCUCAAGGAUAUCAUCGGAAACGUCAAAGGUGUCAGUUUGGUUGAAGAGACUCCUAAGCUAGACCCCAAGAUGCUAUUCUUAUAUCUUGAAGAUAUACGUACGUAUGCGAAAAACCUCAAGGAUCUUGAGCCGGAAGGAAAUUCACGGAAAGAACGUAGAAAGGUUCAGAAAUGGAUUGACGAAAAAAGGCGCCAUCUACGGGUCCUUAUUAAAUACAUAGACACAGACCAUGCCGAGACCAAAAAGAGUCUGUAUCCUAUGCUAGAGAACGGCCUUAUCACAUUUGAUCUUUUAUGGGCUCUCUGGAAGCCAAAUACGCUUGCGUAUACGACAACGUAUGGUUCUGUCGAUGAACCCCGCGUCUUCAAAGUAGAAGUAGCCGAAAAACACUACAGUAUUGUUAAGGGCGAAUUUUACUACAUAGAGGGCAAGUACUUCGAAUAUGACGGCAAGCAGUUCGGAUAUGGCAGCAUGUCGGAGGAGAUAACCGAAUUCCGUGGUGCUCGUAGGAUUACGAGUUUGGGUUGUUAUCCUCUUAAAUACCACAAGAACGAAGCUCAGCUAUGCCAAUAUCUUAUCGAGCGUGGUAAGAAAUUUGUGAGCCUUGGUGGUGUGCACUAUAAGGGUCAUCAAGGCAUGGCAUACCACAAGAAAAAAAAGUCUGUAAUCAAGGUCAAUAUCAAUGGCCGGAUUAUGGUUGAUCCAGCCAUCCAUCGCCGUAUAAACCCCAACUACCCGGUUUCCCUUGUACGGCCCAAAGAUCACGACGUUCUGAGCGACACCGACGAUAGCGACGAUGAGGCUGAAGGUUGUGGGUGUGACUCGGAAGACGAUACGGGGGGUGAUGCCGGCCUCGAAGGUGUUGCUGGAGACGACAGUGGCAACAUUAAGUAUGUGACCAAGGUAUACAAGGACAAUAAGGGGAAUUUGUGUACGGUGCGCGUACCCAAAGAUUUUGUUGACACAGAGACGCCGAAAGAGAAGCUUGAUCAAGUUCCGAGCAAGAACGAGGGCAAAGAUGAGAUUGCCAAGAGCGAGGAAGUGGAUGCUGGGGAAGACGGAAAUGCCUUUACCCUGCCGGUCUUCACCGACGAGGAAUACUUGAUUGCCUCACCUGUCGUCCUAGGAUUUGCGUUUGCCGAGAAGCUCUGGCUCGAGUUCACCGUGUCUGGCAUCAAGGAAAUUUCAUGGAACGAGCACGCUUACGACUCAUUGGUAUUACAGUCGAACACCAAGGAAAUAGUCAAGGCUCUGGUGGAGUCUCAUAAGUACCAUCCAGCCGCAAGCAUCGAUGAUGUUAUUCAGGGCAAGGGCAAGGGCUUGGUAGCUGUCCUGCAUGGGCCUCCUGGGACCGGGAAGACGUUGACAGCAGAGGGUAUAAGCGAACUCCUCAAAUGCCCCUUAUAUAUGGUAUCAGCUGGCGACCUAGGAACAGACUCGCGCUAUCUUGAAGCAGAACUGCAGAAGAUCCUCGACAUCUGUCAUGCCUGGGGCGCCAUUCUCCUACUUGAUGAGGCUGACGUAUUCCUGGAGAAGCGCAAUAUGCAAGACAUCCACCGGAAUGCGCUCGUUAGUAUCUUCCUUCGGCAGUUGGAAUAUUUUCAGGGCAUAUUAUUCCUCACCACGAAUCGUGUGCAGACUUUCGAUGACGCCUUCCAAUCCCGAAUCCACAUUGCGCUGCGAUAUGACGAUUUGGACGUGAAGGCGAAGAAGGCUAUCUUCAAGAUUUUUAUCGAACGUGCCCGAGUAGUGGCAGGUAUCGACCUGAUGCCGUUCGAUGAGGAGGAUUACACAAGCUUGGCACGACACAACCUAAACGGUCGGCAGAUCAAGAACACAAUUGGUACUGCCCAAGCACUUGCUGUCAACAAGGGAGAGCCCCUCAGUAUGCGCCAUAUUCGCGAGGUCCUCAACGUGCAACAAAACUUCGAGCAGGACCUUAAAGGUGGCAACGGGUACCAAGAGGCCAUGCAUAGCUACCUUUAACGAGUUUCUAAUAUACAUUUAUGGUACGGGGAGUGGUUAGUAUAUGGAAAUGAGGGUAUAAAGAUGCAGGUAAAGAAGCACGUUUCACAAUAGCACAGGACAGCUUGCAUUCUAAGUCGGAUAUAUUCUCUACGGUCUUCCAUUAGCUUCUUCUUUUUUUUUGUUUCACUCGGAUCCCCUUUACCUUUAUCUGGCUUUACCUUUAUCUGGUUUAAUCGCGCGUUGUUCUUCUUCAUUGGCAUUAUUGGUCAGCGAGUACUCCGGGAGAAGAGGAAAAAGCUUCAACAUUUCUAGAUAUUCAAUCAAUGGUUCUCUUGCGGAUAGAUAUCAAUACGAAGCGUAUUACGGUGUGUAUAAUUUAGUAAAGCUACCUCAUAUCUCUUUUA